AUGGUGUCUAAGUACGUACGGCCGAAAAUAGUCAACUUCGUCCAGGAGAUCGUGCUUGGCGGCAAGUGGCAUAAGGUGAACCAACACCCCCCUGGAUGGGAAGCCACUAUCCUCCCGCUAACCAGAGCCGACAUUGGCGUUGACAAGUUUGCGUCUCCGGAAGGGGACGACAUUGAAUACUUCAACUAUGAGGAGAUGGUCGCGUACGUUGUCGUCCAAAUCCGCAAGUACGGUUUUGACAAGAAGAGCGGCCCAUUUCACCGAAGCGGCGUCCCCGUUGGCCUCCGAAACGGGCGUGCCUAUCGACUCUUCCAGCUUGCCAAGACGCAAACCAUGCUUCAGAUGUCCAGCGCUUCCAAGGGUCUCUCCAAGAAACAGAACGCGGAGGCGAAUGUUAGGUCGAAGAGCGCCGCCCGCCGCGCCAACGCUGCCGGACUACUCGCUGACUUCCAUUCAGGAACGCGGAAUGCGCCUACGUACGCGAUGCCGCCGGCUAUCGCUCUGUUCCUGGCUCGAGCCGCACCGCGAAAUGGAGAACUCACGGUACGGAAGAAAGAAGCCGUACAGCGCAGAUCCAACGACCAACAGCAGACGACACCGCCCCGUCCCCGGAUCGGCCCCAUCCCCUUCCCAGUCAGGCGCGUCGCUCGCUCGAGCCUCCCAGCUCCCAGCGCCCAGCAGAGCACCUCGCUCCCCGGUGGUCAAGCCAUCCUAGGAGUAGAGUCACUGCCGACAGGUCCUAUGGGUGCCCAAUUCCCAGUCACCCCUUCUCGUAGGGGUCCUGCGAACGCAGCACAUCCUGCAACGCCGGCGGCGAGGCGGGCGCUGCUGGGUGAUGACACGCCGGCGAGUAGUCCGCCGGUGGCUUUCUUUGGGGUGGGUGCUUCUAUGGGCAAGCAGAGACGCAGGCGUGAGGCUUGGGAGGGCUGGUUGCGUGUAUGCGGUUUGGGGACUGGGCGCCUGAGCCGCUUACGCAGUCGAAUAGCACCUGUUGCGUCGUACUUGUCCGAACCUUGGAAGGGCGCGUUAAGCUCGAUCUCCGCGUUGGCUAGCAGGACCUCGUCUUGGGUCAUCGCGCCGAGUUCGGCUUCGUCGACAUCCGCGUCGACUCCCGCGCGCAUGUACUCGUUCACCAACUCUUGGUCGGACGAUGCGUUGAGUAUGGUGUCCAGUUCGGUGCUGGGCGGCGGGGUCCGAUUGCGGGAUCGGGUGCGAGAACGACGCGGUGACGAUAUCCGUGGGGUAGCAUCGCUAUCACGCGGAGCACGCUGGGCGUGGUAA